AUGAAAUAUUUUCUAUUUUCUGAAUUUUCUCGAAGAAAUGUUAGUAUAAAAAUAUUUUAUGAAAAGAAGGGCAUUGCUGUCAUGAAUAACUCACAUAAUCAUCAACAGCAAGAGAAUCAUAAGAUCAACGGGGGAUCUCACAAGAGACAAUUUUCCAUGAAGUUAAUAAACCAAUUAAGUUACGCCAAUUUAGUUUGGCUUCAGGAGCGAGCAUUGUGGAGGACUUUUUUAGUUCUGGUCGCCUUCCUGCGUUUCUCGCCACACCAGCCCAAAAACGUAAAUUAG